UCGCUCCCGUUAUGCGAGCUUUCAAUACAUUCGAGACCCUUGGGACGUUGAACGCACGUCACAAGUAAUAGUAAAUGGCAGAAUACGAAAACACGAUUGAAAAUAGUGUCUCUUCGUGAAGAAAGUAGGUAUUUCGAUAGGCGUCGUGAAUGGUAGUUUGCACGAAAGAAGAGUGACGAUAAUUGGUUAGGAAAGAAUGUUUGUUUCCGAGGAAGUAUGACGACCUGACGACCUACGGAGGAUGGAAAACUAAGGAACGGUACGUACACUUAAUAAUUCGAAUAUUUGGACCAGCUCUGGUAAACUGAAAAGAUGGCAGAAGUAGACCCAGAAACAUUGCUAGAAUGGCUCAGCAUGGGCCAAGGGGACGAAAGGGAUAUGCAACUCAUAGCCCUAGAACAGCUGUGCAUGUUGUUACUCAUGUCCGAUAAUGUUGAUAGAUGUUUCGAAAGUUGCCCUCCACGGACGUUUCUCCCAGCCCUCUGUCGCAUCUUUUUGGAUGAACUUGCCCCUGACAGUGUGCUCGAAGUCACAGCUCGUGCAAUCACAUAUUAUCUCGAUGUAUCAGCAGAAUGUACACGAAGAGUAAUUUCCAUGGAAGGUGCCGUCAAAGCAAUUUGCGGUCGUCUUUCUGGAGCAGGACUUGGAUCUCGAGCCAGUCGAGAUUUAGCUGAACAGUGUAUCAAGGUCUUGGAGCUUGUUUGCGCUAGGGAAGCAGGAGCAGUUUUUGAAGCCGGCGGUCUACCAUGUGCCUUGUCAUUCAUACGUGAACAUGGAGCCCGAGUACACCGUGACACAUUGCAUUCGGCAAUGGCAGUUGUUUCUCGUUUGUGUGGAAAAGUUGAGCCGCAGGAUGAGGCAUUGCCGGAUUGCGUUGAAGCUUUAUCCACUCUGCUGAGGCACGAAGAUGCCCAUGUGGCUGACGGUGCAUUAAGGUGUUUCGCCUCGUUAGCUGAUAGAUUUUCGAGAAGAGGUGUUGACCCAGCUCCUUUAGCUUCCCAUGGCUUAGUUUCAGAAUUACUUUAUAGGUUAUCAAACGCAGCUGGACCUGGUGCAUCUGCAGCUACUACAUCAAGUAACACAAAAACUCCACCUCCGUCUACAACAUCGACAGCUCCAGCCCCAGAGCCAAAGUCUUGCGCUUCAGUUUCAACGAUAAUUAGCCUCUUAUCAACAUUGUGCAGAGGGUCUCCAUCGAUAACGCACGAUUUACUUCGUUCCGAGUUGCCUGACGCGAUAGAGAAAGCCUUAAAGGGCGACGAAAGAUGUGCCCUAGAUUCAAUGAGAUUAGUAGACUUGCUUUUAGUUCUAUUAUUUGAAGGAAGAUCGGCUCUAGGCAGAGGUGCAGCGGGGGGUUCGUCUGGUCCUUUAUUACCACGACUUAGGAGACUUGAUAGUGCCGGGGAAAAGUCUCAUAGACAGUUAAUCGACUGUAUUAGAUCAAAGGAUACAGAUGCGUUAAUAGAAGCCAUAGACUCUGGUGGUAUAGAAGUUAACUUCAUGGAUGACGUUGGACAAACUCUUCUGAACUGGGCAUCUGCUUUUGGUACGCAAGAAAUGGUAGAAUUCUUAUGCGACAGAGGAGCAGACGUUAACAAGGGCCAACGAUCGUCCAGUUUACACUACGCAGCUUGCUUUGGAAGGCCAGCUAUCGCAAAAGUUUUGCUCAGACAUGGUGCUAAUCCGGAUUUGAGGGAUGAAGACGGUAAAACACCACUAGAUAAGGCUAGGGAACGUGUCGACGAAGGUCACAGGGAAGUUGCAGCGAUACUGCAGUCUCCUGGGGAAUGGAUGUUGCCACCUAAUCAAGAGAAUCGCAAACCAGAAACCGAAGUUGAGAACUUUACCGAGCCUAAGGGUGAUCCAGAGAUGGCUCCUGUUUACCUUAAGAGAUUGUUGCCAGUUUUCUGUGCCACGUUUCAGUCCACUAUGCUGUCUAGUGUGCGUAAAGCUAGUCUAAGUUUAAUCAGAAAAAUGGUACACUACAUUCAGCCAGAGCUGCUUGUCGAAGCAUGUGGAUCUGAAGGAACGGAUUGCGGUGCAACACUGGUAGAGGUCAUCGCUACUGUGUUGGAUAACGAGGAAGAUGAAGAUGGGCAUUUGAUCGUCCUCCAAAUGAUCCAAGAUCUAAUGGUGAAAGGAAAAGAUGAAUUUUUGGAACAUUUCGCAAGACUGGGUGUAUUCUCCAAAGUUGCUACAUUGGCGACGGAGCCAGAAUCAGAGACUAGUCAAUGCGGGGAAGAACAAACCAUCGAAGAUGCUAGGGAACUUCUAGUUGGCAGAGCUUAUCAUUGGAGGGAUUGGUGUAUUUGCAGAGGACGUGAUUGUCUGUACGUUUGGUCGGACGCAGCUGCUCUAGAAUUGUCAAACGGAAGUAAUGGCUGGUUCAGGUUUAUCCUCGAUGGCAAACUGGCGACAAUGUACUCGAGUGGCAGCCCAGAGGGUGGUACGGAUACAACGGGGAAGGGACGGAAUACAGAGUCGCUCACUACUGAAGAAAAUCGUGGAGAGUUUCUUGAGAAGCUGCAAAGAGCUCGCACUCAAGUUAAACCAAAUUCUAUAAGCCAGCCUCUUCUUUCUCGCCCGGGUACGGCACGAUUGGUAGUUGGAAACUGGGCUCUCUCUAGUCGAAGAGAAGGUGAAUUGUACAUCCAUAAUAGCGACGGUCAGCAGCAAGCAACUAUUCUGAGAGAAGAUUUGCCUGGAUUUAUUUUCGAAUCAAAUCGGGGCACUAAACAUUCCUUUACUGCUGAAACAAGUUUGGGCCCUGAGUUUGCAGCUGGCUGGGCUGGCAAGCGUGGAAAACGUCUACGAUCUAAACUUGAAGCAAUCAAGCAAAAAGUUAAAAGUCAAGCGCAAGAAAUAUAUGAGCGCUAUUUCAAAGUAGCUCAGGCUCAACCUCGUGGAGUGGUGGCAAAACUUGGAACAAUUGUUAGUCAGAUAGAAAAGGCCUGUCAAAAACAGCAGUCUGGAAAUCGUGAAUGGCGUAAUGUGUUGCAAAACACGUUAGAAGAACUAAAGAUAUUGUUGAAUGAAGAGGGAAAAGUUUCAGCUUAUGAAUUGCAUUCUAGUGGACUUGUGCAGACUUUACUCGCACUUUUAGCUGCGCCACCGGGACCACAACCACCAUCGUUGAGAGCUACAAAAUUGAGGCUUCAGAGGAUAGCAUUGUUCAAAAAUUGUUUCCAAGCUGAUGAUAUCAACCAUGAACAGAGCUCUGCCAAAGUUUUAGUCCACAAGCUCGUUUCUGUGCUAGAAUCAAUCGAAAAACUUCCUGUAUAUUUGUAUGAUACACCAGGUUCUGGAUACGGACUUCAGAUUUUGACAAGGAGGCUACGUUUCCGUUUGGAAAAAGCAGCGGGUGAAAGUGCAUUGAUUGACCGAUCUGGCAGAGGUUUGAAAAUGGAACCGUUGAGCACUGUACAACAGUUGGAACAUCACUUGUUGAAAAUGGUUGCGAAGCAAUGGCAUGACCAUGAUAGAUCCACAUUUACCUUUGUCAAAAAACUGAAAGAGGGUAACAAGAUGUCAUUCAAAUAUCAGUACGAUUUCGAUGAGAACGGACUAAUAUACUGGAUUGGAACUAACGCCAAAACUAGUUCGGAAUGGGUUAAUCCAGGCCAGUAUGGACUUGUUGUUGUGACUUCCAGCGAUGGUCGUAUUUUGCCAUACGGCCGACUUGAGGAUAUCUUGAGUCGCGAUUCGUCGGCUUUGAAUUGUCACACAAACGAUGACAAGCGGGCUUGGUUCUCAGUAGACCUAGGUGUAUGGCUUGUACCAAGUGCUUACAGCUUGAGGCACGCCAGAGGAUACGGCAGAAGUGCCUUGAGAAAUUGGAUGUUCCAAGUAUCAAAGGAUGGGAUCAACUGGAUUACCUUGUACACGCAUGUUGAUGACUGUUCUCUCAAUGAACCUGGAAGUACGGCAACUUGGACUCUUGAACCUCCUGCCGAAGAGGUUCAGGGUUGGCGCCAUCUUCGCUUACAGCAAACUGGCAAAAACUCGUCUGGUCAAACGCAUUACCUGUCCAUGUCUGGUUUGGAAAUUUAUGGCGAAGUUACGGGAGUUUGCGAAGAUCUAGGUCGAGCUGCUAGGGAAGCUGAAGCGAGCGUACGCAGGCAGAGGAGAUUAGUUAGAACUCAAGUUCUUAGGCAUUUGGUUGCGGGCGCACGUGUCGCUCGAGGACUUGACUGGAAAUGGAGAGAACAGGAUGGUGUUCCACCGGGAGAAGGGACAGUAACGGGAGAAUUGCACAAUGGUUGGAUAGAUGUAACUUGGGACCAUGGUGGCUCGAACUCAUAUCGCAUGGGUGCAGAAGGAAAAUACGACUUAAGGCUAGUGAGCACAGGUGUGGAAAGUGAAAAUGGCAUGAAAACUAAAAAUGGUGCAAGUGUACUAACCAGCAGGAAGUCUAGCAGUACACCCAGUUUACCAGACUGUACAGAUGCUGUGAUGCGAGGAUCUGUCGCAUCGACAGACCAAGCUGCGAGUGCUGACAAUUUGGCUGCAAAGCAAGCAGAGUCCAUAGCAGAGAGCGUCCUGUCAGUGGCUCGUGCGGAAGCAGUUGUAGCAGUAACUGGAGAAGGCGCAGCCAGUGCAGCUGGUGAACUUUCUGUUGUUUUACAUCCAAGACCCGACGCAACCAGUGAUUUGGCAACUAUUGUUGAAAGUCUUGCUCUGAACACCGAAUACUCGAUUAACAGCAACAGUAAUCGUGCUACAAACAGUUCUAAACCUCACUUUCCUACAGUUCGAGGGAACAAGCCUGCAAGUGGCCUGUUGAGUUUGGAAGCAGCAGAGGUAUUGGAUCGUAUGCGCGAAGGUGCAGACAGGUUGCGUAACAAUACUAACAGUUUCUUGAGUGGGGAAUUACUUGGUUUGGUUCCUGUUAGGAUUAGCGUGUCUGGUGAGACUGAUGAAAGUUCAAUGAGGAUUCGACCUGUGACUCGACAUCAUCCAGGAAUCACUGACAACAUGAAAGAGUGCGGGCGUGACAAAGAAGCUAGUUCGUCAUCUCAGAAUGCUCCUGGAUGUCCCAUCGUAGUAACAAAUCCCAUGUCUGUAUCUGUACCAAAUCUUACCUGUACAGAAGCUAACAAUACCUUGGAACCAGCAGCAGCUACCGGAUUCCUAGAGACUUUUGCUGCAAUGGCUCGCAGACGAACUUUGGGUCCCGCAGGUGGUCAGCACAUAGCUCCAAACUCAAACUCCGGUUCAAAUCCUCGUGGGCCAAACUCUGUGUCUAGUUUGGUGAGAUUAGCAUUGAGCUCCAACUUUCCUGGAGGCUUGCUCAGCACUGCUCAGAGCUAUCCAAGUCUUACGAGUAGCGGCCAAGUUGCCGGCAGUGGAGUUACAACAACUACAGGACCUAGCCUUGGUCAAGCUCUUACUAUGUCUCUGACUAGCACAAGUAGUGACAGCGAACAGUUGUGGCUACAGGUUAGUGUCGAGGAUUUUGUCGAAUCAUGCAGUGGAGUCGCAGGAACUGGUGUUGCUGGCGGCCGUGGUAUAGGUGGCCCAACUCUGUUAGGAGAAUUGGAAGAUGACGAAGAUGGAGCUCUUGCUGAGGAGGAUGAUGAUAAUGAAGAAAAUGAGCAAGAGGAAGAUGAUGAAGAAAAUGAAGAAGAAGGUGACGGAGGUGAAGGUGAAUAUGAAGAGGUCAUGGUGAGUCGUAACCUACUGGCUGCGUUCAUGGAAGAGGAGGCACAGCCUCAGCCUACUAAACGACGAGCUUGGGAUGAUGAGUUUGUGCUAAAACGCCAGUUCUCCGCUCUAAUACCUGCCUUUGAUCCAAGGCCUGGUAGGACAAAUAUUAACCAGACAACAGAUCUCGAAGUUCCACCACCAGGCAGUGAACUACAAAUGAGUACACGCUCAGGUUUACCGAUAAGUCCUAAACUAUCUUUGACUCUGAAGGGUCCAGGACUCCCUGGUGUUCCUGAUGUUGAAGUGCCUCUCACUGAACCUCAGUCUACAAUAUUCCAGGCGGUUCAAGAGUUAAUGCAACUUACAGAAUUGGGCAGCAGACAGGAGAAACUGAGGAGGAUAUGGGAACCGACUUAUACAAUAGUGUACAAAGAAGCUAAAGACGAGGAAUCAUCCGGCCGUGCUACGCCCAUAAUAACAUUAUAUUCACGAAAUCAAAUACAGAACACAAGUGCCUGUACAGUAGAAGACGUCUUACAACUUUUGCGACAUGUGUUUGUGCUGAGUGUGAUGCGUGAGGAGAAUAAAGAUACUAUUAUGGACGAGAGUAAUCCAGAAAGCUAUUGGGUCAAUCCAGACGAUUUCACAUCUAAAAAGAUUACAAACAAAGUUGUACAGCAAAUUCAAGACCCAUUAGCCCUCGCAGCUGGAGCCUUGCCAAGUUGGUGUGAGGAGCUAGCAAGAAGUUGUCCGUUUUUGCUACCGUUCGAGACAAGAAGAUUGUACUUCAGUUGUACAGCUUUCGGAGCAUCGAGGUCAAUAGUUUGGCUACAAACCCAAAGAGAUGCUGUAUUAGAACGGCAAAGAGCGCCAGGGCUCAGUCCCCGACGAGACGAUAGCCAUGAAUUCAGAGUAGGAAGACUAAAACACGAGAGGGUCAGUGUGCCCAGAGGAGAGAAAUUACUUGACUGGGCUGAGCAGGUGCUCAAAGUACAUGCAAGCCGUAAAAGCAUACUAGAGGUGCAGUUUGUUGGUGAAGAAGGUACCGGCCUUGGACCUACUUUGGAAUUCUUUGCGUUAGUUGCCGCUGAAUUACAACGCAAAGAUUUAGGCCUGUGGUUGUGCGAUGACGAGCAAACUUGCGAUGAAGAGAAAUCCUGCCCACCUGGGGAACAAAUUCGUCCACCAGGAUACUACGUUGUUAGACCAAGUGGACUUUUCCCAGCUCCACUACCUCAAGAUUCGGCUGUUUGCGACAGAGCUGUCCGGUAUUUCUGGUUCCUAGGUGUAUUCUUAGCCAAAGUUCUACAAGAUAAUCGACUUGUGGAUAUACCGCUAUCCCAACCUUUCUUGAAACUUAUGUGUCGCGGAGAUAUCACCAACAACGUCAACGAAAGAAUAGGAUUAAAUACAGUUCCACAAGAGAGUAUGCCGUCCAGCAUGGCGAGUAGUUUCAUCUCUGAAGAAGGCGAACUUGAUGCACAAUAUUCUCUUGAGCAAACACCUUGGUAUGAUGGUAUACUCAACAUCGACGAUUUAGCCAUUGUAGAUCCGGUCAGAGGCGAGUUUCUUAAACAAACCCAAAGCCUAGUGUCAAGACGCGAUAGAACUCUCUCUGACGGUCCAUUAACAGAGGAAGUGAGAGAUUCGUUACACAUCACUCAUCCGUCUGGUACAUCAAUUGCCAUUGAAGAUCUGGCUUUGACAAUGAGCUAUGCCCCCAGCUCGCGAAUCUUUGAACACGAUCAAGUUGAACUGAAAGAAGGAAGUGCAAAUAUUCCUGUGACACUAGAUAAUGUCCAUGAAUAUGUAGAUCUGACGGUGAAAUACUGCUUGGAACGAGGUAUCGCUAGGCAACUAGACGCGUUUAAAGCUGGUUUCUCCAAGGUAUUUUUAAUGGAAAAAUUACACGCCUUUAGUCCAGAAGAAAUUAGAGCCAUGCUCUGUGGGGAACAAGAUCCUCACUGGACCAGAGAGGACUUACUUAAUUACACGGAGCCCAAACUGGGAUAUACUAGAGAAAGUCCUGGAUUCCAGCGAUUUGUGAAUGUUCUGCUAUCACUUACGGGACCCGAGCGGAAAGCUUUCCUUCAGUUUGCGACAGGUUGUUCAGCAUUGCCGCCAGGUGGCCUGUGCAAUCUGCAUCCUAGAUUAACUGUGGUUCGUAAGGUUGAUGCUGGGUCGGGAGGUUUUCCUUCAGUAAACACAUGUGUGCAUUAUCUAAAGUUACCAGAAUAUCCAACUGAAGAGCUUCUAAAGGUGAGGCUUUUGGCUGCAACUCGAGAAAGAGGAUUCCACUUGAACUAGGCAUUCUGUAACUUAAUGAAAAUAAAUAUUCAUAUUUGUGGGUAAGUAAAAAGAAAAGAAAACAAAAUUGAGCCAUCGAAAAAAUGAACUGUCUAUGUUUUAUGGAUUGAAUUGAGUUUGAUAACAACCACAGGCAGUUUAAUAUGUAAGGAAUGGGGAUAGAUGAACGUCUGUCACAAAUUCGCAAUGAAAUAUAUAUAUAUAUAUAUAUAUAUAUAAUGUAUGUAUAAUUUCAUUUGAAAGAAUUGUUUUCAUCUACACGCAUUCAGCAUAUUUGUGAUAAUUAUAUGCAAUUGAUAAUGAAUAAUAUAUUCGGAAUGACUUCUAGAUGUUAGUUUACCUAAGAAAUUUUCACCUGUACAUCUCUUUAUUACGUAUAUGCAAGCGGGUUGAAAUUAUUCUUUAAUUUAAAGAGAUGAUGCAUCAAAACUAUUACCUUUGAUAAGUUUCUUCAAUCAGUGAUAAACUCGAGAACAUUGCAUUAACAAUGAUUAUAAUAAGUUAAUAAAUAAAAAAACAAGGCUUUUUCGUCUCAGUUGAAAAUUAGACCAUAUGCUAGUAGAUAUUGGCAUACAUAUCUGUAAAGUAUACAUAUUAUACAUAUAUACUUAUGUUCACAUACCCACGUACAUAUACAUAUAUUUAUGUUGCUAUAUACUCUUAUAUGUAUGUACGUCCGUAUGCUUAUAUAAUGCAUUAUUAGUCAGUUGUGCCGAAAAAAAAUCAUAAUUUAAAUAAAAAGCGCUACGAUCUAGCAGUACAUUGACAAAAGUAGCUUGAACGUGUAUCAAUACAUGCCUAAAUAAGUAUAUAAUACACAAACUCUGAUAAAUGACUUGUGCAUCACAAGCAACAGUCAAUUGGUUGAAACCAAAUAAAAAAAUACUGCAACCAUUUCUUAGUAGUGAAAACUAAUUUUUAUUUCUUCAUUUUAUUUCGUCGUGUAGUAUGCAGCAAGUUCUUUUUCGAGGAGAAAGAAAGAUUUUGGGAGUGUUGGGAGUAAAUAUCUAGUGUGACACUGCUUUUUGUGCUACAAUAAUUUACGAAAUUCUGCAUAAAACGAUCGAAAUCUUGAAUUGAAUGUAAUACAAUUAAAGCAAAAUAGAAAAACAUACAAAAAUAUGAAAAGAAAACUCAAAAAUCGUCGUCCAAUAAAAAUAUUUACUCGAUUGUUUUCGUGAUAAAUAUUACCUACGUAGAAAAUAGUUAUAUAUAAUAAAACAACCGCACUUGGUGAAUAAUUAUAUUUUCAAUACGUGGAUGAGUGUUCAUCCUAGACAGUUGUCAAGUCCCUAGUUGUAUCGGAUAAAACAAUGAUACAAAUGAAAUUUACUGUUCCACAGAAGUUUAUUAAUUUUUGUUUUUUUAAUUGUGCCCAUUACAAAAAUCACAGAACAGGCGCUAUGUUUUGAUUCACUAUUAUCGCAUUUUCGGGAAUUGAUUAUCUACUUGUUUUUUCGCUUUUAUUGUGAUAUUCUCGAACUACUUAUUAUAAAAGGAAAAUUAUGUUGAAAAUAGUCAAAUAGGAGUCCACGAUUUUAUCCAGGCAAUAGAGACUUGGCAAUUGGAGCAUACUUUACAUAUUCAUACAAUAUGGUAUUAAUGCUCAUCUAAUUGAAUAUUUAUUAACAUAAAAUAAACGUAAAUCAGUAUAUAAUGAUAGUGAUUAGAGAAAGAAAAAUAUAAAGUUAAUAUAAAUGUGAAGAAAAGAAUAAUUAACAAUAUUAAGUGCAGAAUAGUGACUAUUAUUGUAUUAUAAAUUAUUAUUAUUAAUAUUGAGUCUUGGGAAAAGUAAUAAAAAAAAUAUGUUGCAUUAACUGUGGUGUAAAAAUCUAGCCAGAAAUACUAACAAGAUAGUAUACACCAGUAUGAAAAAAAUACACUCAUAAGUAAUAUGUAAGGUACGUAAUAAUUAGUGGAAUCGCGUUAGAUUUAAAUAUGUUUUUAAAAAAUUCAACAAAUAACUAAUAUUAUUAUGAUCGCGCAUGGAUCGAAAAUGCGGUAAUAGUCGAAGACAAUACGAUACUGCAUACAGGAAAAAUGCAAACUAAUGACUAUUCAACUUUCAAGGAAUUCGAACUGCUCUAAAUACUGAAUUUUAUCAAUUGAAACAUUGAUGCUAUUUGAAAAUUUAAAUUAAAUGGGGAAAACCUACAUUGAAUUUAUCGAUAAUUGUUGGGAAAAUUCUAAAAUUCUGAAAAUAUCAAUGUAGUCAGUAAUUAAAACAAAAAAUGAAAGUUACGCAUAUGGUAAAUGAAAGCCAUCCACAGUUAAUAAUACGAGAUGAUAAACAACUAAAACUUUUCUUUCAUACUUCUAGGUGUAACUUGAGUUGCCUAAUGUUUCGUACAUCAAGAGUGCAUAUGUCGAAUAAAAAGUUAAUAUGAAAUAUUUAUUUUCACCCGCGAUAUAACUGUGAUGACAAACUAUAAAAGCUUGUAAGGAAAAUAAUUAUUUGUGUAAGUUUAAUGAAUAAAUAUACGUGAAUAAAGCUUUGCGGGAGAAUAAAUGAUUCUAAACUAAAAAAGAAUCCAAGCAAUUCGUACAGUUAACACAGUAAAGUGCAAGGACAAGUUAGUUUGGGAUACAUACGUGAUGGAACUCAGAAUGAUCAUAUCUUUGAUAAUAAUUCAUUAACGGAUAACUUGUUUUCAAUAUAAGAAAUCAAGUAACUCGCAUGUUAGGUUAACAGGUCAGAGGGAGACUUGAAUAUAAAAAGAUAAAAGAAAGAUUUUUUUUUCCUACCUCAUUGCGGAUAAGAGUUUAUUUGCCAUCUACCAACACUUUUUACACGAGUACACAAACUGUCUUUUACAGUUUUUUAUUUUAGUAUCGGAAUACAUUAAUACUAAUGUUAGGAGUAGACUGCAUAUUUAUGCGGCUUUGUUCACGUUGGUAAUAUUCAUUUUGUAUACAUAUUAAUUAAAUGCAAGUUCAGAAACUUAUGCCGAGCUGAAAAUACAGGAUACGGAAUUUUUAUAUUAUUUCGACCUCAAGAACAGACAACUAAAGUCAUGCUAGGCGU